GCGAGGGCAUUUUUUUUCGCGGGAGAUGCUGCAAGUGGCGGGAAGUGAGCAGCACUUCCGGGUCUCGUCUCGCUUCAAAUCAUCAUCGCCGGAGGAGUAGCAGCAGCAGCGACUACGGCAACCACCAUCAUCAUCAUCAGCUGCUGUAAGGACUAGGAUAUCAUCAUCAGCAGCAGCAGCAAUAACGAUCCCAACGUCCUCGGCACGGAAGAAAGUCGCAGCAGAAACGGUACCCAAACCCAGCUCUGCGCUACCCCCGUGACCAGUCCCUCAACCCCCUUGUGCGACAUCGAUGGCCACGCCACGCGAGCGCGCCAUCGCGCGCAACAGCCUCGUGUCGCUGCUGCAGGCGGUGCUGCACGGGGCGCACGCCGCCGUGGAGCUGCGCGACGAGACGCAGGUGCGCGGCCUCGUGCUCAACGUCGACGCCUUCAUGAACGUGCGGCUGGCCGACGCCGAGCUCAAGGAGCGGCGCUCGGGCCGCGUGACGCGGCACGCGCAGGUGCUCGUGAGCGGCCGCAGCGUGCGCUACGUGCUGCUGCCCGACCGCGCCGACCCCGUCGCGGCGCUGGCCGCCCAGCUGCGGCGCGACGAUGACGCCGCCGCGAGGGCCAGGGCGCCGCGAGCCGGGCGCACGGAGUUCGCGAGGAAGUAGCCGAGGGGCCGCGCGGCGCCCGCGUGUUGUGCGUCUCUCUCCACCUCCCCCCCCCCCCCCCCCCCGUUGCCGAUGCUGUUUACGCACCGCAUUUGGCUGUGGCCCAGUGCGAACCGCUGCGCCACCGCUUUUCCACUACCUAACUGCGUGCAGCCUCGCAACCACGCACAGCCACACACAACUAUGCGCAGCCACACAAAACCACACGCAGAACCAUUCGCAGCCACACGCAGAACCUUGCGCAGCUAUGCACAACUAUGCGCAGCCACACAGAACCACACGCAGCCACACGCAGAACCACGUGCAACCACACACAGAACCACACGCAGCCAUGUACAACCACACGAGCGUGUGAGCAAUGCUCGUGAACGGAGUCCUGUUGCCGUGACGAUACGAAGUACGAAGAUUCGCGAGUUUUAACCAAGCUGAAUGUGUUUUUACCCCACUGCUCUUGUAUAGUUUCUCCGUGCUCUGCUGUACUGAUGAAUAAAGGUUGCUUGAACGUUGUUUA